AUGAAACUACACUCUCCAACCUCGGUGACAAGACGUGGCACUAUAUACUUGACGCACUUGCUUCCUUCUGUCGGCGGGAUGUCGCUGAGCUCGGGCGGUUGGACUCACUCCCCGGGCCACACGCCGGACCAGUCCGCCGCCCUGCCCGGCCAGUAUGAGGCCCCACCGUCGCAAGUGGGCAGCCAAACCGUCCUCAUGUCGGUUCGGGUGUCCGUGUGCCACUCUGGGAUACGGCCGCUGUGUCUUCCGGGAGCAGGUGAUGAGUCACUCCGCCUGCAGCUCGGCAUGGACCCGGGGAAAUCCGGGGAAUUCCGCCUGUCUCUCCAGAGCAGCGGCGGGGCCGGCCGGAGCGUGACUAUCGCCGAGUAUGAUUUGAGGGCCGUAAACUAUGAAGUGAAGUCGCCAAAGUGCCACGAGCUGAUAUUAGCUGCACCCCCGCAAGACCGCAUCAGCUUCAACUUUCGCUGCGAGCAGGAGGCUCGGGAGUGGGCCACCGUGAUGAUGUCAUCACUGCGUGAAGCACACAGAGUGUCAGCUGCCCCUCAGGAAAAUGGUCCCCAGCUCCUCCCGGCCGGCGUCCCUCUCCAGAGCCCCAUGCUGUUGGGGCAGACAGAGGAGGCCUGCAUGGAGCUGACCAGAGCCAUAGAGGCGGGCGACAUGCAGUCCGCCUCGGCCUUUGCCGCCUCUCUGGCCCGCCGACACGUGGCGCUGCAGAUCCGGCCCUCCAGCAAAGACCCCGAAGACACUGAAAUCAAUCUGGCUGUUGUGGUGGAGGAUGCUUCCUCGUCCUGCUGCGUCACCGUGAAGGUGUUCCCUCACAUGACUACUGCAUCCCUGAAACAGCAGCUGUUUCUGGAAUACGGCUUCCACCCGCGGGUUCAGCGCUGGGUCAUCGGGCAGUGCUUGUGCUCGGACCAGCGCUCCCUGGCCUCCUACGGUGUCCGGCAGGACGGGGACACGGCCUUCCUGUACCUGCUGUCUGCCCGCCACGCUCGCUUGACCCAUCAGGCCUUGCAGCGGGAUCAGGAGAGCGCCCUCCUCCUCAGUCCCCUGUCCCUCCAGAACCCCCCGCUCCCGUCGGCAUCCACAAACGGCGCCGCAACUCAGGACCGGAGGCCCUACACCACGCUUCCCCCAAGACUCCACAGCAGCAGCAGCAAUGGCGGCUCAGACCAACAGAAGUUCAGUGAGCUCAGAGAUCUGAUCAACCUGGAAAUGCCUCAGCUCAACGACGCACUGAGCCCGAACACGGCCUCCGUCCAGGGUUGGUCGUGUCCCUCUUGCACCUACAUCAACAAGCCCACGCGGCCAGGCUGCGAGAUCUGCAGCACCAACCGCCCCGAGAGCUACGUCAUCCCGGGCGGAUACCAGCCCGAUGCACUGGAGCUCAGACGGAUCCAGCAGGAGAAGGAGGCCAUAAGGCAGUACCAGCAGGAGAAAGGGAGAAGAGAGGCGCUGAGGAGUGCUGGGCCUCAAAGCAACCCACUGCUGGAGGAGGAGCGGCGGGAGAACUUUGCCCGGCUGGUGAGGACGGACGGGCAGGACCUGGUGCCCAACCCGGAGGCGGUGGAGUGCCGGAUCUGCUACGUGGAGCUGCCGCCGGGGGAGGGCGUCCUGCUCAGGGAGUGCCUGCACUGCUUCUGCAGGGAGUGCCUGCGCUCGGUGGUCAUGCUGAGCGAGGAGCCCGAGGUGGCCUGCCCCUACCGAGAUGAUGCCUACUCCUGCGCCGGGGCCCUGCAGGAGAGGGAGAUCAGAGCUCUGGUGCCUCCGGAGGAGUACGAGCGCUGGCUGCAGAGAGGCCUGUCGGUGGCCGAGUCCCGCUGCGAGGGCAGCUACCACUGCGCCACCCCCGACUGCCCGGGCUGGUGCGUGUACGAGGACACGGUCAACGUCUUCCACUGCCCCAUCUGCAGGAAACACAACUGCCUCAUCUGCAAGUCUAUCCACGAGGGAAUGAACUGUAAGCAAUACCAGGACGACCUGGCGGCCCGGGCCAUAAACGACUCGGCUGCCAGGAGGACCACUCACCUGCUCAAGACUCUGGUGCAGUCGGGAGAGGCCAUGCACUGUCCUCAGUGUGGCAUUAUCGUUCAGAAGAGGGACGGCUGCGACUGGCUGCGCUGCACCGUCUGCCACACCGAGAUCUGCUGGGUGACCAGAGGGCCUCGCUGGGGGCCCCGGGGCCCUGGGGACACGAGCGGAGGGUGUCGGUGUAACGUCAACAAUCAGAAGUGUCAUCCGAAAUGCCAAAACUGCCACUGAGCGCUGCCAAAGGGUCAAAUCACCAGAGGAAGUCUGGGACUGAACUUGAAUUCAAACUACUCUCACUAAGCAGGGAAAGCAAGAGCUGACACUUGUUACUUCCACAUAUUUAAGUCUACUAGCACAAGAGUUUAAACAAAAAGCCACGGUCACUGCAUGUUUCCUUCUCUUAGACAUCAGGUUUGUGUGUUAGCGUUUCAACAUUUUGUCCACAUUUAACUGACUGACAAUAGCGAUGGUUAGUGGACUAACUAUCAAUUCGUGUGGUGCCUUUUUCUUUUCAAAUGCUAGCGCUCGACAGGGUGCGUUAAAAUACCUAGGUGAACUGUAUCAAACUGAAGUGACCUUAUUCUCGUGCACGAGCGGUGUAGCAGGGUGUGACUGAAUACGUUUUAACCAGAAAAUGUGACAAAGUUCUUGUUCUUUUUUUGAAAUGCAAUUUUCGACUGCAUAGAAAUGGAGCGAGCAGGUGUGCGGAGGUUUGCAUAGCAGCAUGUUUGUGUGUGUGUGUGUGUCUUUGCGUGUGUAUGUGUGUGAGAGAGAGAGUGCCCCGACUUGACAGAGGGUUUAAAAGUGUGUUUUUGUGUCUGAU